AUGACUGAAGAGAAUGUUAACAACAUUCGUUGGGAUUUGGACGUCAGGAAUCUUGACGCCUCCUUGCGAAAUUCGAAAUGGCAGGAUAAGAUGAUUGAGUGCACAUUCUCAGAUGCUCUUUCCAUUCUUCGCGAAAUCGAGUUGAAUACUGACAAGGAUUUUUUAACCAGUAAAUAUGCCUGUGAAAUUAUUACCCAUGGUACCACAGCACCCGAGUACAGCUACGUUAAGGUUAAGGACCUUGUUCAGAAAGCCAUCUCAACUUACAGUGAUUUGUUGGACGAUUCAUUGGUAGCGACUGAGGACAGCAAAUUGACUGCUAGAAUCAAGGGACACUCUCUUUUCUCACUCAUUCGGUACAACCCUUCUCGCCUAAAGGAUGAAAAUCUGCUACAGUUUGUUUUUUACCAAUUGAUCUGUCUCCUCGAAUGCUUCCACCGACGAGGCAUCCCGUAUUUGAAUCUGGAACCCAUCAGUAUUUUUGUGGAUGAUUUAUUUCGUGUUAGUCUUGCACCUCCAUGUGUUUGCAAACUGGGCGAGUUCGCAUGCUUUGAGACUAAUCAAUCUAACCCUUUGAAAGAAACUUUGCCCAUUCAAAACUCAGUCGAAUUUCAUGAGGUCUUGAGUGGAUGGAUUACUGGAAAGGUCUCAAAUUACGACUACCUAAUGUACAUAAAUCAUCUCGCAGGUAGAAGAGCGGGUGACCCCACGGCCAGCGCCGUGUUACCCUGGGUAACAGACUUCUCUUCCCCUCAGGAUGGGGCGCAGCAUUUGCGCGACCUAACUCGCACCAAAUUUCGCCUGACAAAGGGCGAGCGCCAGUUAGAUGCCACCUAUCUCCACCUUGAACAUUCGGAUUCGUCGUCUUUAGCCGGGGAGAGCGGCAAAGUGGAGCCUUUUCUGCCUCACCAUAUCCUUGAUAUGAUGCCAAAUCUCGCCUACUACACUUACAAGGUACAGUGCUGCUGGCGUCACGUCAGUCCCGACAUAUGA